AUGAAUAAGUCAGCAAGUUUGAUUACUUGUGGUCUGUUGGUGUUUCUUGCUUUGCAUUUCGUCGUUGGUUCCCGCAAGGUUUGUGGCAUAUUUAUAUAUUCAAAAACUCAGUAACGCUAUUUUCUCAUGUUUUUAAAUAUUUAUACGUGGUUUCUGCAUUUUUUCGUUCGUGAACUACAGGAAAAGGAUGCCAAAUUUAAAGUUCGCAUAAACGAAAAUGGAACGCGUUUUAGUGAAAAGGUGAAAAUCAAUGAAAAAGAAAAUACUGUGCGUUUUGUGGUACCAAAACACAAUAAUUUUGAUCGCUCUGAAGUGCUGAACGAAUUCAAUCUGGUAAGCAAACAAAUUAAUGUGCAUGCUCUGCAUGUGUGCUGUGUUUAAUAUUUUCUUUUUGCAAUAGUGAAAGAUAUAAAAUCUGUAAUUUGUAAAGUUUACUGUGCUAUAAUUUUUUACAGAACUUAACAAUCACUCGCUUACCUGAUGUGGGGGUAUGUUACAUCAAACCUCUGGACAAAAGCCUACCAAGCCCCAGAAAAAUGAAAUCUGACAUGAAAUGCAUUAAGAUAAAUACUGCAGCUAUACCGAUGUAUAACCUACAAUCAUGGCCAAAGGGGUUAAUAUAAAAUCGAUAGACAUUUUAGGAAAAUACAAUCAAAUUACUUCAUACAGCCCCCCCCCCCCUCCCCCACCCAAUGUUGCCAUGAUUUACCUCUUACUUUAAACGUAGUUCAACAACAUUGUGUUGGGGGAAGGGAGGAUGUUUUAGACAAAAUACACGAAUUAAACUACAAUUUAAACUCUCACAGAGACAAAUUAAAAUUUAUUAACAAGUUAUAUUCGCGAUUGUAGUUUAUCCUGCAUGAUGGUGACUGAAAUAUAUUCCUUAAUAAAUACAAGAAUGUUCUCGGUUUUUAUUUUAUAUUUUUUUAAAUACUCAAAAAAUGUGCUAAUGAGAAUUUGCAAUAUUUUAAUAACUAUAUUCAAGCGUGACUGUAUUGGCAUACUUUAAACAGCAAAAGGAUGAUUCUAUAUAAUUAUUUAAUUUAGGUGAAACGUAUGCGAACUCAAAUUUCAAAACCGGAAACAGUAGUGACCACCUCUGAAUGGACCCCUGAUAAAAAACUGGAAGCUAAAAAGUUACAUCCUACAGUAGUCAAAUUUUGUGCUGGUCUUCCUGUUUACCGUUUGAAAGAGAUUACUAAAGACAACUGGGAAAUUGAAGAGAACAAAAAAUCUGACAACG